AUGGACUUUUCUCUUAUGGCUCGUAGGCGUGCCGAAAAAAUUAAGAGUUACAAGGAACAAAAAUUAAUGGAGUCUCAGUUACAGCUGUUGAAGGAACAGAACGAACUAGAGUCUGUUGAUGACGAAAUGAGAAGAAAGUACAUAGUCUCUUUACUGAAAUACAAUAUUGGCAAGGCUUUGGAAGAAUUAGAUUCGCUUCAAGCCGAAAUGAGAAUUUUACACUAUAAAUUGAAACAUGAGGAUAAAGACAACCCUGAAAAUGCAAAAUCUCAAAAGAUCAAACCUAAACCGUUAAUGCCUAUUAUUAUCACAAAAAAUGAGUUACAAAAACAAGUAUUUGGUGCUGGCUAUCCAAGCUUGCCAACAAUGACAGUUGAAGAAUUCUGUCAAAAACGUAUCAAUGAUGGAAUAGGCAUUUACCUACUGCAGAUAAUACCAAAGUGUUUACAACAACUGUCUGAAGCUCCAGAACCAGAACAAGAAGAUUAA